GUCACUGGAGCGACAGAGUGGAAUCUCGAUAAGAAGGAGGAUGUGUGGAGCGAAGCCCAAGAAGAAAAGGGGGGUGCCACAGGAGCGACGGCGUCUGUGCCCAACUGCACGUCGACAAGAACACCCGCCCGUACAUCCUCUCUGAUGAGUGAUUUAUUGGCAAAUUACCCCCUCGGGGCCUGUUUGCAAAUUUCGAGUCGAUAUUUUGGCCCACAGAUCAAAUCAGAACGCGAAGCUUACAGCAGGUUUGGUUGCAUGACAGGGCACAAGCUUGUCCGCCUGUAA